AUGAACAGGGCAGGGUUUGAAAAACUCCCAGAAAAUAAAAAACAAAUAGUUGAAAGGGCAUACUUUGCAGCAUACAGCAAGGAAAUAUCACCCAGCGACUUCUUUACAAUCUGCAGACGAGCAUUGAAUGAGGAAGAAUUUCGUUCAUUAUUUGGGGAUGCAGCAAUGACGGAGGAACCAACACCAAAGCAACACACACAAGAAGACAUCAAAACAGAGUACAUAGAAGAUAUAAUGCAGUAUUCAGGAAUAGAUUUAAAGGAAGAGGCAGACAACAUAGUUAAGGAGGCAGAACACAAUGUUCGUUUCGACCAUUAUGACAAUAGAGAAGAUAAAAAUUCCAAAAUUGACAGUCUAUUCAAGCCAAUGGCGUUUCAAGACUUUAUAAUCAGAACAGCAGCACAGAAGCAAAUGAAAAUUACACCAGAGGGCAUUUAUCUGCUAUUUCAAAUAGUGAAAAGAAAGGUUUUAGACCUAGUUGACAAGCUUGACAUGGCUUCUAAAAUCAGGACUGAGGCCAAUCUUAGUGGAUUUAAUUUUAAAAUCGAGAAUGAAGUGUCAAAACAGUUGUGGUAUUUAAAUGAGAUGGAAAGGGCUUUAGAAGAUAAGCUAAUGGUUAAAAAAGAAGAAGACCCAAAGAAAAAAAGGACUGUUCAUGAAAGAGAGGACCUUGUGAUUAAGAAGAAGCAAAGCAGUAGUGUUGCCAUGGCAGCAAUGGGUAUUGAACAAAAAUCCUGGAUGAUGGGUGAUGGAGUGAGAAGCAGUGAGGAUAUUUCUAAAUUUACACCCAUUUAUUCUCCCUUUGAUGAAAAGGGAUUUGAUAGCAAAAUUAAGAAUAGGAUGAUUACUAUGAAAGACUUUAUUUAUGUGCUUGAAAGGGAUAAAAGAUAUAGCAAAUCCAUAUUUCUCAUUAAUUACUAUUUCAAAUGA